AAACUCAGCUUGUAAAUUGUGUUCCUGAAUUAUCAUUUUUUGGUAACUGGGUUUUCUUUUACUGAGUUGUGAGCACACCCUUUCUGUUUAGCUGACAGCUUGUACACAUGGUUGUGGAGCUUGAAGUAUCUGCUGCUACAAUGGGGAGCUCUAAUGGCGAUGUUCUUCAACUUAGUGUGAAGCAAGGAGAGCCAACAUUGGUUCCUCCUGCAGAGGAAACAGAGAAGGGCCUGUAUUUCCUCUCAAACCUUGAUCAGAACAUUGCAGUGAUCGUUCGUACUAUUUAUUCCUUCAAGUCAGAGGAAAUGGGAAAUGAGAAGGCCGGGGAAGUGAUUAAGAAUGCCUUGAAAAGGGUUCUUGUCCACUAUUACCCGCUUGCUGGGCGGCUGACCAUCAGCUCAGAGGGUAAGCUCAUUGUGGCUUGCACUGGAGAGGGGGCUAUUUUUGUGGAGGCUGAAGCAAACUGUACAAUGAAAGAGAUAGGAGACACAACAAAGCCCGACCCUGAGACUCUCGGGAAGUUGGUUUAUGACAUUCCUGGUGCAAAGAACAUUUUAGAGAUGCCUCCCCUUGUGGCUCAGGUGACUAAGUUCAAGUGUGGAGGAUUUGUUCUUGGGCUGUGCAUGAAUCAUUGUAUGUUCGAUGGCAUUGGUGCUAUGGAGUUUGUGAACUCGUGGGGUGAAACAGCAAGAGGCUUGCCGCUAGCUGUGCCUCCAUUCCUAGACAGAAGCACACUUGCAGCCCGCAGCCCACCUAAGAUAGAGCAUCUGCACCAAGAAUUUGCUGAGAUAGAACACAAGCUUAAACACAGCACCAGUACUACAGACAUCUGCAGCAAUGAAAUGCUCUACAAGUCGUUCUGUUUUGACCCUGACAAACUAGACCAGCUAAAGAUGAAAGCCACGGAAAAUGGGGUUCAUGACAAGUGCACUACAUUUGAAGCCCUCUCUGCGUUUGUGUGGAAAGCUAGAACUGAAGCACUUGAGUUUUUACCUGAUCAACAGACAAAGCUCCUGUUUGCUGUUGAUGGAAGGCCUAAAUUCAACCCACCACUGCCAAAAGGGUACUUUGGAAAUGGGAUUGUGUUGACGAAUUCAAUAUGCCAAGCAGGUGAGCUCCUGGAGAAGCCAUUAUCAUUUGCAGUGGGGCUUGUUAAGGAUGCAAUUAAGAUGGUUACAGACGAGUAUAUGAGAUCGGCCAUAGAUUACUUCGAGGUGACAAGAGCAAGGCCAUCUUUGGCUUCCACCCUUUUGAUCACCACUUGGUCGAGGCUAUCUUUCCACACCACAGACUUCGGAUGGGGAGAGCCUGUUCUGUCAGGGCCAGUGGCAUUGCCUGAGAAGGAAGUGGUUUUGUUCUCUUCCAUUGGGAAAGAGAGGAAGAGCAUAAAUGUGCUUCUGGGUUUGCCAGCCCCUGCCAUGAAGAUCUUCCAAGAACUCAUGCAGAUAUAGACGUUAAUGCUCGAUCGAUCUACUACUCCUCCAAGAAUAUUAUGUGUGUUACUGUGGGAGCUGGGAACAAAAGCAAAUUAGCAAAUUGAGAUAUUAUACAUAUAUGCAUCUCUAUAUUAAGAGCACCAUUAUUACAAACAGUACUCUUUAGUAUCUAUCUAGCACAAAAUUUCUUUUAUUUUUGAGUGUGUACUUCUGAAUGUUGAGCUAAUUGGUUUCAAUCAGCUUGUUAAUAAACUUUAUUUUCCAUUUUAUUUUA